GUGAAGCAGUGACGUUGCCGUAGCCGCCUUAUCAGUCGAUUUCCCGGUAUUAGAUCACCCCACAAUUCAUCAUUCGCGGCUGAACCGGCAUAAAAACCACCGGCCUUUAUAUCUCUCGCUGUCGCUUACAUUGUCCCAUUCAUAUUCAAGCAUGGAGGAUUUAAGUUUCGUCCCGAAUCUCCCGAGCGGGCCUCUGGAUGUGUAUAGAAAUAGCGCCUCAUUUGAUUGGAAGCGAUUGAAAUUGGCCCUAGAGGGCGAUAUUGAUUUGCUGAAGCUAAAGUACAAAAUAUGGAGGACACUAGAGAAGGACCCUCUGUUCGCUCACAACACGGUCACGCCCUCCGUAGAGGAACAGAAGCGGAUCACCCAGCUGCAGCUGAAGAGGAUAAACGAAUACAAAUUCCUCACCGAUGAUAUGUUUAAAGCUGGUUAUAGUAAAAGGACACGGGCCCUGAUGACAAUAAAUGAGGCGGUGCAGUCACUCAACCCCAGCGUGUCGGUGAAGAUGGCAAUCGGCAUAUAUCUGUUCUCCAACGCGCUGCUCUCACUGGGAACCGAGAGACAUCGCAAGUUCUACGAGGCCACCAUCUCUAAGAGAGAGAUACUAGCAAGUUUCGCGCUAACAGAGAUCGCGCACGGGUCGGACGCGCGACUCAUGCGCACCACAGCGACGUACGACCCCACUCACCGACAGUUCGUUAUACACACGCCCGACUUCGAAGCCGCCAAAUGCUGGGUUGGUAAUCUAGGCAGAACAUGCACACACUCCUUAGUCUUCGCACAGCUGAUCACUCCAGAUGGCACGAACCACGGUCUACAUGGCUUCGUCGUGCCCAUCAGAGACCCUGACACCUUGGAGACAUACCCUGGGCUUAUUGUUGGAGAUAUGGGCGAGAAAAUCGGGGUCGGGGGUAUUGACAAUGGGUUCAUAAUGUUCAACCAGUACCGGAUACCACGGGAGAACCUGCUCAACAGAACAGCUGACGUCACAGAGGAGGGGGUGUACGAGAGUUCCUUCUCUGAGCCCGGACGGAUACUGGGCGCGGCGCUAGAGAACCUCUCCGCAGGUCGUAUCGGUAUAAUGCAAGAGAGCUGCCAUUCAAUUGCAAGCGUUGUGGCCAUAGCAAUACGGUACUCUGCUACCAGAAAGCAAUUCGGGAACAGAAAUGACGAGAUACCUUUACUCGAAUACCCGUUGCAUCAAUGGCGGCUAUUCGGCCACGUGGCAGCGGCGGUAGUGUUCCGGAUAUACAUAGAGAGUUUUACCCGGGUCUACCUAAAUAUUAUAGAGAAGUCCAACGCUGGGAUGAAAGUCGAUAACUUGAGCGCAGCGGUUUCAGAGAUCCACGCGAUGGUGUCGUGCAGCAAGCCCACCAUCACGUGGGAGACGCUGCACGCGGCGCAGGAGUGCCGCGAGUGCUGCGGCGGACACGGAUACUUGAAGUGCGCAAACCUUGGCGAGAUCCGCAACAACCACGAACCAACAGUGACAUACGAGGGUGACAACAAUGUGCUCCAACAACAAGCCGGCAACUGGUUGCUAAGACAGUGGGAGUUAGCAUUAAACGGCAACCCAGUGGACUCGCCGCUGGGAACCGUGGAGUUCCUGAACGACUACAGCAAGAUAUUGGCAACGAAGUUCCAUUGUACAGAGACUAGCCAGUUGACGCCCGAAUUUAUCACCGCCACCUACAAAUGGCUAAUAUGCUGGUUGUUGAGACACACACACGAGACAUACGAAACAGAACUUAAUAGAGGCCUAUCAAAGUUCCAAGCUAAGACGAAAUGUCAAGUAUACCGCUCUAGAACCCUAACCAGGGCAUAUGCUGAAUAUUUAGCACUGAUAUUUAGCUUAAAAUCAAUAGAGAAAAAAGAAAAGAGCCUCCAACCAGUUUUAUACAAAAUGUUCGCGUUAUUUGGUCUAUGGUCGUUAGAUAAGCAUUUAGUGGAGUUGUACCAGGGGGGUUAUUGUGGGGGGGAGGCGUGUGCCAGGCUGGUCAGAGAGGGGGUGCUGGAACUUUGUGGUCAACUGAGGGGGGAGGUGGUCAGCGUGGUCGAUGCGCUUGCGCCGACAGAUUUUGUGCUCAACUCCGUGCUUGGAAAGAGUGAUGGGAAGCUGUACCAAAACAUUCAGAAAGCGUUCUUCAGUCAACCAGGGGUAUUCGAACGGGCUGCGUGGUGGAGGGACGUAGUACCGGCGUCCAAGCUGUGAGCGAAACCGGGUGGCACAAGUUUGUUUUUAUAAUGUUACGCUGAAACUAUCAAUAAGAAUGUUUAAAUGUCCCAUCCAAAGCCGGUCGCAUUUUCGACGCGUUUCCAUACGAAUUUCAUCACAUAAUGGUCCCGAUUGCUGUCACUUUCUUAUCCGCCGCAAACGAAAGGGACAGAUGAUUGACAAAUGUUAAUUUUAAAAUGAAUGAAAACCCGGGCGAAUCAAAUAGGCAUCUCGCUUAUUUGCAACCCGUUUGACGUGUGCAACUUAAUUCUGUCGGGUUAUUGGCAUUUUUCAGCGGACAAUGACAGGUAUAACUUGAAAUAAAAUUAGCUGGUGUGUUCAGGUAUCGGCACCAGUGUAUCUCCGAAGGGCUUGACAGACUAUAGUAUAUAUUCACUCUUCGCCAGCUCUUCGUCUUUAAGUCCCAUGUAAUAGCGGGCGAAUCUAUUGCCAUUGGAAACUACGUGAUAAUUAUGUAUGAUUCAUACAUGUAUUCAAACUCAUAAAGCCGAAUUCAGUGAUUUAGCCGGAGCACAGAUUCGAACCUGUAAGGCGUCCGAACUGGGCUACCACGGAUCUUGUGUGUUCCUCCUGGCACAAGAGGAAUUCGUAUGCGUCCUAAAUGCGGCUGGCUUAAAGCUCGCUACACACAGCCUCACACGGGCGACAUAGGGAGCGAUCCGGACCGGGACUUUUUGUUUUAUUUUUUAUCACCGCCGCCUUGUAGUGAAAACCACGUUAGCACCUUUUUGUGAAGUCAUAUUCUUAUAUGUAGUUCUACAACAAAACCGACCUCAUUCUUCCUUUUUGAUGCGAAUAGUAAAAGACUGGAACUGUCUGCCGUCGUCUGUUUUCCCAGAGAGAGCUAGAGAGUACAGGCAUUUGCCAAGUGAUCCACCCUGAACCACAUCGUUGCUUAUAAUCUAUUAAAAAAAAAACAUUCCGGGGAAAAUUUGAAACCACAAAGUUUUACUUGGAUUGAAACAAGCGUGUCUAUUGCGAAGUUUUGGUAAAGGUUUUGUGUAGCCCUUACGCGGUUUUCACUUUAAGGCGACGUUAUGUAUUGUGCCGACUUUGUAUGCAGGCUCGGCUUCAUACAAAAUCGCAGUACCCACUCUGUAACAUUUACCGCCUAAUUGCUAUUUAUAUUAGAAUUGGAAUUAGACUCCGUUAGUAUAGCUUGACUAAUUCGGCAGCUUUUCUCGUGUGGGUUGUGAGGUUGAUGCCCGACCUCAUCAACUUUGGUGUCAGGGUUACUAUUGAGAGCCGCUUAAGGGCCAUGACAUGGCCCAUGUACCGACCAUGGUAUAAGAAAACCAGGUAUGCUCAAUCUUAUGACAAGCCGCCAUUGCUAGCCCUUGAUGACGUAAGUGUUACCAUUAAAUUAGUACCUAUCUCCAUAUCUUUUACUAAAAGUACAAAAAUUCCUUACAAAGUAAAUUAAAAACAUUGGACGUGGGUAAUUUAUGUUUUGGGAAAUGGCAACGUAUAGUAGCACGGAUCAUCUUACUUUCAGAGAAUCGGGUGCUCACCGUGCAAUAUCCUAACUAGGGAUUACAAAGUGAUUGUGUUGAUAUGUCCCCGCCCGGACUCAAACUUUGGAAUUUGACAACUGUCAGAAUAAGGCAUUUUAAUGAUAUGUCUCUUUCGCACUAAACAGUGCACAUUUUUUUUUUCUGUUGUAAAAUUAAUCAAGCUAUUUUAACGGAAUACAAAAAAUAAUAAUUUCCAUAAGACUUUCACACGACUACAUUUCAUAAAACUACUAAAUUCAAUUAUUAUUUAGGAUGGCAACUCUUAUUGCAAUCGUCCAAUAACAACGUGUCUAUGAAAUCGGUGUUGCCAUAUUGACUUAUAAAGUAGUAGUUUUAUCAAAUAGUUGGACAUAAAUAAUAAUAGUGUGGAUAAUUAAUAAGUAAAAUAAUAGAAUUUAUCUUUAUUUUAGACGUUCAGAGCAGAGUUUAAAAUCGAAUUGAAAAUAUGAGAAAAUAUCAGGGAAUUUUUAAUAUCGGAUUUAUUUAUCACUUUGUUUUCAUUAGUACGAUUUAAAUGUUGCAAGACUUGAAGGUUUAAAUACAGAAGUACCUUGGCAAAGUAGUGUUACCACACGUCACAACAUAUCGGGACUGUCCGACUUUUUUAAUUUAACCGGAUUUUUUUUGUGGAAAUUAAUGAGGACGGGACUAUUAGGCAGUUUAUUACCAAACGCUGAAACAGACCUUUAUGGUUUUGAUCUAAAAUAUGAACGACCUAAAAAGCAUUUAUUUACUAAUUUCAUGUACAAAGGUUCUGUGUUCGCUUUGUUUGCAUUAAGGUUACCUUUACAAAGUAUUAUGUGGCAAUGAUGAUUACUAGUAGUUAUGUUAACAACAAUAUUAUUUUCUAUAUCGCGAACGACAGCGCUCCUAGCGAACCUACAUAUCGCUGGAAGAAAAGCGACAGCUAGCUCUAAUACGGAUUUUUAGUUGGCUACUUGACAGUUCCGUCCUGCAAGCAAGUCACAAGGACUGUAACCUGGAACCUGACAGAGGGCAGCAGUAACUGUCAGUACUAUUCAGAGGCAGAGGACAGGAGUCCUCGUAUGGCUUUGUAAUAGACUAUUCUGGGCGCCAUCUCACUUGCGUCAGACAGAGUACUGCGGGGCGGAAGGCGAGAGGGAAACCACCAUCAUCAUCAGCCCAUUAACGUCCCCACUGCUGGGGCACGGGCCUUCCGUAUGGAUGGAUAGGGAGAUCGGGCCUUAAACCAUCACGCUGGCCCAGUGCGGAUUGAUGGUUUUUAACGACUGCUAAUGCAGCCGGGACCAACGGCUUAACGUGCCUUCCGAAGCACGGAGGAGCUCGAGAUGAAAACUUUUUUUUUGUGGUCACCCAUCCUAUGACCGGCCUUAGCGGAAGUUGCUUAACCUCAACAAUCGCAGACCGAGCGCAUUUACCGCUGCGCCACCGAGCUCCUCUGAGAGGGAAACCACUGCCCUAUAUUUCCCUAAAAAAAGUAACACGGAAAAUGCUGCACCGACAAGAGCGUGGCUCUUAAAUUGAUGAUGAUGACUUUACAGUUGUAACAAUAAAAUAUGAAAUAUAUAAUAUGGUAGUUUAUCAUUCAAUGACAAAAUAAGAAUGCGAUGUUUUAUCUGUGUAUUAUAUAAGACUCAAAACGGGCGGCCAUGAUUGAGCUUCGUGUGACGUCACAUUUCACAAAAUAAACAGAAGCUAUGUGUCAGGUUUCAAGUUAUACUGCUUGACAGUUUCUUUGCUUAUUGAAAUGUGACGUCCCUGGGCAAAUUGUCAUGUGACCAAUUGUUUUCGCGCGAAAUUUGAAAUUAAUUAUGAAAAUACGUUUUUUCUAUUAAAUGGGUGAAUAUCAAAAUUUCAAGUUUGGUGGCGAAAUUUCAUAUUAUUUUUUCGUGAAAAAUUGGAUUCCGACAUGAAAUCCAAAAGGAUCCUCGGUUCGGUUUUUAAUGUCCAAUUUUUCACGAAAAAAUUAUAAGACAGUUCGCCACCAAACUUAGCACAUUUUGAUAUUUACCUAAAUAAAGCUUUUCGAGAAAAUUCAAUAUUUAAGAGGUAUAAAAUAAGCGUCUGUAAUUUUUAAAAUACCUACUUAUACGAAAUCUGUCAAGUAGCCAAUUCGUUCCGGGUUACGUGUCGCAGUGUAGAGAUUGACAGUUCUGUAGUAUAGUUUGUCUAUGGAAAAAGUGCAUUUAUUGACAGUGUUUUUGCUGUCCACGUAGAUCUAUUAGAUCUUCAUUUUAUGUCGUUUUUUACCUUUAAUGAAGAUGAAGCAGGGAGCUAUUAAACCAAAAAGCGCUUUUUCAUGCUGACUGCGUUUUUUUGAUUCCAUUCCGCGAGUAAUAAAAACGACGCCUAUCUUUUUAAUUAAGAUCGGUAUUACAUCUUGCAAUCAUUCGCCAGUUAUGACUUAGGAUUCAUACAAAAAUCGACCUUAUUUAUUAUUACAGUACUGUGAUCGUUAUUUGUAGGGCCAUGUUCUGUUUCUGACGACAAACCAUGUUUUUAUCGACAUACAGAAUAUUUCCAUUCAAAUUAAGACCGCUCAGUAUAAUAAGGUCGAUUUUCCCGAACUUCGCCGGGUCUAAUUUUGUCUAUGGUUUGUUAUCAGUAUUACCACAGUAUUUCCGCAAUAUUCUCUCAAACGGCAUUAUGAUCCUACAUAUUGCGGUAAUAAUAAGGUCGAUUUUACUGAACUUCGUCGCCUCAAUCUUAAGCCACAGUCUAUAUAUGAAAGUCAUAUUUUAUCACUCUAUGUUAACAAUAUUAUAACUUAAUAAUUAUUUUUGAUAGUCCAAUGUUGAUUUUUAAUAUUUUUAAGGUAUUCUUCAAAUUUUGAUCAUGUAUUUUUGGAUCGUAUUUUGUUUUAAAAGGUAUGUUACGAUCGUUUUUUUCCUAAUGGCAGUACAAGUGAAAUGUACCUAUUUUAUUUUUUAAUAUUUUAUCGAGUUUUACGCAUAAUUAUCUGCACAAAUUGUGUAAUCUGUUUUGUUAAUUUAUUUUGUAACGUGUCGGUUUUCCCCAUUUUAUUUUAUAUUAAUUUAAGCAUUAUUAAACAGUAUUGCAUUAUAUGUUAAAAUUGUAUGUUUUAAUGUAAAAUAAGUGUCUAAUAACUAUUAUUUUUUAUGUUUUUUGGAGUUUAACUAUCAUGGUUUUUAUAAUUUUGUAUGUAUUAAGCGAGAUUAAUGAAUAAAUUAAAUCUUCUUUAAAGAAAUCGACAAAACCAUGAGCUUUUAAAAACGUAAGGAAUAAAGUUGAGUUGUUUUUUUUUAUUUGAAUUUCUCUAUCUUAAUAAAAUCUUUGAGAUUUUUAUACAUGUUCUAUGUAUAUUUCAGAGUUGAGAUUAUGGAGAUUAAUCUUUUAAAGACAUAUGUCUAUAACAUAAUAAAUUAUCAGAAAAUUAAGUUUGAAUUUGUAAAUAAUAUUAAAUCGAAUUAUUAUGAAUAUCUGAAAUUAUUAUCUAUUCUUAUGGGUCGUUUACAUUGGUCCGUAAAUAUUACAUUUAAAAUGUUAUGUUAUUCCAGCUUAUAGAGAAAAAAGUGAGUUUUUUUUAGAAACUACUAUAAAUACAAAAUCUUUCAUCUUAAUUUGAAAUACAGUUCCAAGUAGUAAGCAAUUGAAAUUCUAAAGAAUAUAAUAUAUGUAAUAAUAUACUAAUUCACCUCAGCUUGAAUCCUCUGGAGUGAUAAAUCGGAAUAAUCGUAUUUGUGACUGUCUUUUUAAUAUUUACAUUUUAAAAUAGGAAUAAUAUUUUCAAAUAAAGUUAUCUACUGCAAAUUGGACGACCAAUAGCCCCGAUACCUGCAGACACCUCCUAAUUUUAUUUUAAGUUAUACCCGUCAUUUUCUUAUCCGCCGAAAACGAAAGGCACGGAUGACUGACAACUGUUAAUUUUAAAAUGAAUGAAUAACCCGGGUGAAUAAAGUAGGCAUCCUGCUCAUUUUCAACCUGUUUGACGUGUGCUGUCAACUUAAUUCUGUCGGGUUAUUGGCUAAUAUGACAUUUUGAGAGUUUUUUAAAUUUCUGUUUAAAAUUGACGUGUGUUCCAUAAAUGCUUGUCCCGUCCCUUUCUAUUUCAGUGGAAAAGAAAAUGACAGGUAUAACUUGAAAUAAAAUUAAGUGGCGUGUGCUGGGAUCAGCACCAAUGUAAACGUCUCUAAUUAAACGUGGAAUCUUUUUUAAAUGUAAUGUAAUAAUAUAUUUCUCCUUAGAAGUGCCUUCCUUUUUGUAAUAAAUGAGAUUCUUGAUGUACUGUUACCUCAGCGGAAUUAUAGACGGGAAUUGUCAAGCGCAUGCGUUCCUCUCAGCUGAAGUACAUGAACGAUUGGUUCGUGUUUUUUUUUGUGUGACGGCUUUGGGUGAGUAGAUGUGUGCUGUCAUGAGCAACAUCAUGUACCAACUUUAGAACCCUGUCGCACUAUCAUAUUUGACAUUUAAUGAGCAUUACGGUUUAAUUUACGGUUCCCAGACCUACGGGAUAUAUCGUAGAACCCUUGCCCAGGGAUAAGGGUGAAGACCUCAACGGUUGCAGAGGCUACUCUGGGCGCCAUCCCACUUGUACAGAGUACUGCGGGGCGGAAGGCAAGAGGGAAACCACUGCCGUAUUUUUCCCUAAAAAAGUAGCAAUCAUGCUACACCGACAAGAGCGUAGCUCUUAAAUUAGUGACGUGUGACGGUUUAAUUUGUCAAAAAGGUUAAUGUGACAUGGUUUCAAAGUGUAUACAUAUUAGUACUCGUGAAACCACACCUCCCCCAAAAAGUGGUAGAAAAAUGCAGCCCGAAGGCAACUGCCGUCUAUAAUUUAUCUAAGUCUGUUACUGUAGGAGUAAGCUAAUGUUUAUAAUGUGGGAGCGCCGACUUCUGUGAAUAAAUGGAAUAGAAACA